AUGGCUGCGUCGUCUAACCCCGCCAUCUCACGGAGUGGCUCGCCUGCCCCGGACUCCGUGCCUCGACCAGCUCUUGGAGGCUACCCAAACGCCUCCCGCUGCCUCUCAACCGGCUCGAACAUCUCGCACGGCUCUGCAACCACCGAAGCCUCCCACUUUCGGGAAUCCCUCGGCAGUGAUGGCUCUACCUUUUCCCGCCACUCGUCAGCGAGCUAUCGUCUUUCCGACAUCAGCGUCAACGGCGAUCAGCUACGACCUCGGGAUUCGACCUGCAGCGCGCCAGAUACACCGAGGGGGAGGAGCCCAAGCAGGCGUCGGGGCUACAUGCGGCCACAGGGCACCGACUUCGCCGCCAGCGCCCGGGCCCGGGAAAGUGUGCUCAGUCUGGGCAGCAUCACCCAUCUGCAAUAUUACUUCGCUCGGACCGGCUUGCUAGAUGGCAAGGGAGGGCGGUUGGCUCGGAAGCGUGGCGACAAGGCCCACACGCUGGACCUGUCGUCGCUCGACCCCAGCGUGUUUCUAAACCCCAAACAAGGCAGCGAUCAUGAUUCGAGCUAUGCGUCCAUGGGGAGCAGCCCGGAAUUGACAUCGCUUGCCGGCUUUGGCAGCGCAAUGGGGCUAGGCGCUGGCCCCAUGGUCGAGUCGCCCGUCGAUGAGUACCACCCGGACCCGCAAGACGAAGAUUACUUCUCGGACGAAUUGGAGAUCGACCCGACUAUGCCACCGCCCACAACCAGUACCUACAACCACCGCGAAAAGCCGGUACCAAAGCCGCCAUCGAUCGCUGAGCUGAGGUCCGAUCUGACAAAGUCGCUCGACGUUGCCGAGCAGACCCUGCGGGAGUCUAAGAGCGGCAAAGUGCCCCCGGGCCUGACCAUCCGUAUCGAGUCAGCGGAUGCUCAACCUGACAAUGCCCGGCGGCCCUCAAUCCCAUCCGCGGGGUGGUACGAGAUCCAGGGGAUGAACAUCCUCGACGUCAUGACGCUCGCCAUCAGGGCCGCCAAGAUAUACUAUACCUCGCACGACCGACCCGAUCGUCUCGAUGCUAUCAAGUCAGAGAAGGUUCUGCGUGGCGAGCUGCUGACAGUCAUGGAUAUCCUCAAGCGCAUGGCAACUAGGGGUUUCACUGGCGGUAUGCGAGACGAUGAGUUCCACACCAUGGAUGGCUGGAUCGUCGGUCUGCGUGCCAUGCUGGUUAGCGAGGAUGCUAUGGAGGCCAAAGAAAUCGCUGAGCGGUCGUCGUGGGCCUGGCUCAAACCGGAAGGUUGGGAAGGCCGCGAGUUUGAACGCGAAGAGGCGUUCAUGCGGUCCAUGCUCAAGGGCCCCGACCCGAUCGAGAACAUGCCCGUCCUACCGGAAUGGAAGCCCAUUGACCGAACCCAACCCCUGGAAUCGCAAUCCCUUCCGACACCCUUCCUUGCGGCGCUAUCCAACGGCCAGCGUCUGGUACAGUUACACAACUGCUCGGUCCGCAAAUCCCACCGCCGCUUCGGCGCCAUUCCCAACUUCUACGCCAACACUGAGAAGCCGUACCGCGGCGCCGACAACCUGCGCUACUGGCUUAAGGCGGCUGAGCUUCGCUGGGAAGUGCUCCUCAAGGCGGAUCCCCUCGGUCUGCAGUACAACACCGGCCCGGAACUCUGGGUCGAAUUCGAGGAUGCCGUCCUCGAGUGGUGCCGCAAGGUGCGCGAGGAGAUCACGGCCGAGCUGCAGGAGCAGGAGCCGAUGUCGCCUGCGUAA